CACCCAAUUUAUAUAAAGACCCACUCGCAAAAUCUCAUGUUUCAUACCAUAGCCCAAAACCACAACAUAUAGUACAACUCAAAUUUCCAUUUUCAUACAAAGUUACAAUUUGUUACUUACACUACUACACUUUAGUUGUUCCAACACAAGUGUUUGUGGCAACAACUUUGAUUUGAGGUUCUACUUUUUUUUUGUGUAAUCAAGAAUAUUUAAGGUUUUUAUUUGAUAUUCGUCGAGUCAGUCCAUUUUUUGUUUUUUGAGUAAAGUGAUAUCCUCUGCUUCUUGAUUCUUAACUCCAAACUUUAGACGCUCCACCGUGUUUUUUUGUUACCUAUACUACACCCUUUAAGUGUUUGUAGCAAGGACUUUUGUGUGAGGUUUGUCAUAAUCAAGAGAUAUCUAAUCCUUCUAUUUGAUACUCAAUUACUCUUCUGGUCAGCCUAUUUUGAGGUAAAGUGAUAUCUUUAAUCGCAAUUCCGUUCCUAAGCUUAAGAAUCGAAUCUCAGAUUUUAGUUAGGAACUCAAGUGUCAAAUCACUUGUAUCAAGGACUUCUAGUUGAUUUGAGGUUCGAUGCACUAUAACAUGGGGAAGCAAGUUGGCUUUGAGGAUGUUCUAAGAUACUUUGACGAAGAUGGUGAUGGAAAGGUUUCGCCUUCAGAGCUGAAGCACGGGCUCGGAAUGAUGGGUGGUGAGCUUCCAAUGAAGGAAGCUGAGAUGGCAAUUGCGGCAUUGGAUUCUGAUGGAGAUGGGUUGCUGAGUUUGGAGGAUUUCAUUGCUCUCAUGGAAGCUGGGGGAGAGGAGCAGAAGUUGAAUGACUUGAAGGUAGCUUUUGAGAUGUAUGACACUGAAAGGUGUGGGUUUAUAACCCCUAAGAGCUUGAAAAAGAUGCUUAAGAAGAUGGGUGAGUCCAAAUCCAUUGAUGAGUGCAAAUCUAUGAUCAAACAGUUUGAUUUGAAUGGGGAUGGUGUCCUAAGCUUUGAAGAAUUCAGAAUUAUGAUGCAGUGAGGCAUGUAUAUAUAAAUGUUGAUUCUGUAUAGUGUGUAUUUGAAAUUUGAUUGAUUUGUUUGCACAUCCUAUGUAUAACACUAUAACUCCUGAUAGUACUAUUUUAGCAGCUUCUCGAUAGUGAUCAAAAUAACUAUCGGAUUUUGCCCCAACUGUGCUAUUUCAAUAAUUAUUCAAGUUUUCCUAAUGAGAGUUGUGUUAUUAUAGUUUGA